UCUGUGAAAUUCUAGGGAACAGUCAUUUCGAUAGUGAAUUCGUUUUUCUUAUAAACACUUAAUUCGUGUCCAAUAUUAUCAAACAUUUUACAGUUAAGACAUUGUGUCUCCAAAACUAUGUCCCAGUAUUUGCCAAUUUGUGUCAAAAGUUGUGUCAAAAACUUGUGUAGCACUUCAACAUUGGAUUCACUUUUACUUUAAUGCGAUUAUUAUACUAAUAACAACAAUAACAACAAAAGUUAAACUAUGAAAGUGUGAUGUAAUGGCCAGUGAACUACAUCUUUCGCAUUUGUCGGAUGGCAUCACCUUUGGUCAGACCACGCGAUUUACCAAAGGAGUCAGCUUUCAAGUAUUGGACGAAAUGUCCGAAGAUUGUUACGUUCAAAAUAAUAUGAAUAUUGCUAUGAAUUGUCAGCCAAACCCUAAUCUGAUUGUAAGUAAUGGCACAGUUAUCAGUAAAUCGUCAUCAAGUGAUAGUGAUACCAAUGAUAGUGCCACUCGACUACUGGAAGACUCUAUACAGGACUUUCAGAGUAUGCGAUAUCUAUUAUUAUCGACACCCACAACAACUCAUACGACAACAACAUGUCUUAAUGAGAAUCCAUCCAAUGGUACGGAUGUUUUGUGGACACAAAUGCAGAACUCUAUAUCAAAAGACAUCCGAAGCAGAUAUUUGUCGAAAAGAAAGCGUUUUACUCGUGACUAUACUCUGUGCUAUUUUUCUGCCUUUAAAACUGUGUUUAGUGUUACGUUAUGUAUACUAAUUUGUUGUCUUAUUGUUUUAAUGACUAUAAUAUUUAUUUGGCGACACAAACAUCUCGACGUUGACACUAUUGAUGACCACAUGUUUGAAACCAAUUGGUGGAGAAGAUCAACAUUUUAUGAAAUAUUUGUUUCCUCUUUUAAGGACUCGGAUGGCGACGGCUUUGGAGAUUUUAACGGAUUACGCGAUAAAAUAUAUUAUUUUAAAGAACUGGGCGUUAAUGCCGUCCGACUUAACUCUAUAUUUUCAGCACUGGAUUAUCCACACAGAUAUGACAAUGUCCUCGACUUCUAUAAUGUUGAUCCACACUUAGGAAAAAUGAAUCACUUUCUUGAAUUGGUUAAAGAGUUACACAAAUCAAAAAUUUAUAUAAUAUUGGAUAUAAAUAUCGUUUGGACAUCAGAUCAACAUCCCUGGGCUGCACACUAUCUAUUGAAUAGAUCCUCACAGUCAGAGUAUCAAUAUUUUUAUGUUAACGUCAGCGGAGAUCAGCUUAAUGACGAAGAGUGGACAUCAAGUUCUGCGACAGAUCGACUCCAAAGUGAUUUUAUUCAUAAAAAUUCACAUUUUGGUGGACGCCUUCAUCUCAAUUGGUCUCAUCCAGGAGUUCACCAUAAGAUGUUUCAAGUGAUAGACUAUUGGCUCAAAUAUAUUGAUGGCUUUUAUUUGAAACGCUUAGAGCAUAUGUAUGUCGAUAACGAGGCCACUCUCUAUGAUAUAUUAAAUGAAUUAAGACUGAGAGCCAACCUCGUGGUGAAUGAGCCGGGAGUUGGUGUCGGUGCUCACAAAGUGCUCAUAUGUUCGCAUAGUUUUGUGCAAAAGAGGCAUAAAUUGUUGUUAAAUUAUAUGAGAAAUCCAUUAGCGCCUAAUGACAUGACAGUCAGCACCAACACUGCCACUAACGGCUCACACAAACACUUGGAUAUCAACUCUUAUUUUGAUGUAAUUGAUGUUCAGUUAAAUAUUGAUAUCAAUAAAACUGAGACCAUUAGAGAUCAAGUGAACGCCAUAUUUCUUAAUUCGCCGGCAAUGCCUUGGAUUCACUGGAGUGUCGGCGAUGUCGAAAGAUCCCGUUUGGCCACAAGGAUUGGUAGUCAAUAUACAAUGACGGUGUCGUUCCUGUUAAUGAUGUUACCGGGGACUGUCAGCUGGUUUUAUGGCGACGAGAUUGCAUUACAAGACACAUACGAUCCCAUCACACAAAAGGAGUAUAGAGGCGGCCAAUUAUGUCCGAUGCCGUGGAUGUCCACUCUGUACGCUAACUUUACUCAAUCAAACACAUCGAGACCGUGGCUACCAAUUCAUCCAAAUUAUACCCAAAUUAAUGUCUUAAAGCAAAACGAAUCCAUCAAAAGGUUCAAUGAAUUGCUUGCAUUCAGAAGUGAUUAUUUCGAGAUCGAAGAAAUGGGAAAACACGGCAACUAUUUGUUUCAUUAUAUAGACGACAAUCAGUUAGUAUUAGAGCGUUAUUUCGAUAGAGGAGACCCACCCGACACACGAUUCCGUUACAUAUUAUUUGCCAAUUUUGGUCUCAAACCGAAAAUCAAAGAUUUUUCCGAUAAAUUUCAUUUUUCUCGAAUUAAAAUAUCAAGUGUUAGAAAUCGCGAAAAAGAGUUUCUUUAUAUGAAAUUUCUGAGACUCGAUGCCGGAGAGGCUAUUAUUGUGGAAGUCGACUGA